AUGUCGCACGAGCACAACGGAGCCCCGGCGCCGAGAACAGAGGCUGAGUUCGCCGAGGCGAUCAAGGAGCUGGCGCGCGGCGAACGCACCGCUUCUGCCCUCGAGCGCCACCUCGACUCGCUGGAGAGGAAGAUCGAAGAGCUCCUCGCACAGGCGGAGAAGGCGGAAAGGGACAUGCACGCCGGUGCCGCGUCGACGAGCGGGGAGCCGCCUUCACGAGACAAAGCACAGCGCUCGUGA